CUCAGUUUGAGAGCAGAAACUGAGAGCAUGGCAGCCAGUGAGUUAUCUUUAGGAGUGGUCUUCUUGUCUCUGACUAUGAUUGGACUACUGGGGAAUUUCUUGCUUCUCUGUCACUACAUGUUUCUUUACCUAAUGAGGUACAGGAUAAAGUCUACAGACUGGGUUCUGAUUCACUUGGUUGUAGCCAGCAUCUUAACUGUCCUGGGAAAAGGAGUGCCACACUCCAUGGCAGCUUUUGGACUGAAGGACUUCCUCGAUGAUAAUGGAUGCAAAUUGGUUUUCUCCUUUCACAGAUUAGGUCGAGGUUUGUGUAUUGGCUGCACCUCCUUCCUUAGUGUCUUCCAGGCCAUCAUCAUCAGCCCCAGGGACUCCAGGUAUUCAGAACUGAAAAUAAAAGCACACAAGCACGGCUGUUAUGCUCUGUACCUGAACUGGGCAAUUCAUUUCCUUAUAAGCAGUAUAAAUCUUGUGCACAUGAGGGCAAGAUACGGAAAUGCAAGCACAGCAAACCUGAAAUCAUUUUUAUACUGCUAUUCUGUCCGUCAUGACCAAGCCAGUGACAUUUUUUAUGCAGCAUUGCUGUCAGCUCCUGACAUUUUUUUUCUGGGGCUCAUGCUAUGGGCCAGUGUCUUCAUGAUUCUCAUCCUGUACAGGCACAAGCAAAGGAUGCAACACAUGCCCAAGAUUAAUACCUCCUCCAGAUCCUCCCCCGAGUCCAGAGCCACUAAAACUAUCCUUCUCCUGGUCAGUACCUUUGUCUCCUUUUACACAAUCUCUUCCCUAGGUCAACUCAUUGGUGCUAUUGUGGAUAAUCCAAGCUGGUCAGUGGUGCAUUUGACUGCAAUGGCCUCUCUCUUUUUCCCCACUGUUUGUCCUUUUCUCCUCAUGAGCCGUGAUUCUCGGGUGUCCAGCUGCUGCCUGACCUUGAAAAUAACUAGACAUUUCCCUAAAGCAUCUAAUCAAGAGCAGAAUUGA